CUAAUAAAUUCGCCCUUCCUAACACAAAAUGGCUACCCAAACCGCUGUCACUGCCACUACUGUCCCACAAGGAUCCCCAUCUGUCACUGGAUCUGCUUCGCAAGGAGGAAUUCUGAACUCAGCUCGUCAGUUCUUCUCUCUCGCUGCUCCAAAAGUCGAAAAAGAUAAGGAAUUCUCAUUCCGAUUCCUGACAUCUCCACUCAGAUCGAAGCCAGCUGCCACAGUCAAUGCCGAUAACUUCUACAUGUAUGCGUGCGGAUCCAUCAACAUGCCAUAAGCACACAGAAUCCAAUUCAAUUAAAUCAUCCACGGGCGUCUUUCGCGAUCUUCAUUCAAUUUUUUUUUGUUUUUACUUUUUAAUCUGCAGAUCUCCUUGACACCCGACAAUUUCCAGCUUUCCAGCCUAGAACAGGAGACCGUUUUAACCCAAAAAUAUUUUCCAAAUUCAUUUCGUGUUACUAUUGUUUCAUCAUGACUUCUUCCGUGCUAUUUUUUGUCUUAUCAAUAUUCUUCACUAAUUUUGCUCAAAGCAUUUUUCUAGCUAAUAAAUGAACAGAAGC